GAAAACCCUAAACUAAAAAUCCCCCAAAAUUCAAUCUUCUGAUCCUAAUUCCCAUCUAUACAAACCCUAAUUCACAAAUUCAUUCCACUCAGAUAAUUCACAAUUAAUUUAAAAUCGAUAAUAAAAAAAACCCAAAAUGCCAGAAGCAAAUAAAUCAGAAAGCCCAGAGAAAAUGACAGAGUAUGAAAAGCAAAGAAUGAAAAGAAUACAAGAAAACACAGAAAGAAUGAAAGCAUUGGGCUUGCAUAAUCUGGCUGCUUCUACUUCUUCUUUUAUUUCAAAUAACAAAAAAGGAAAAAAGAAAUUGAAAAAAGAUGAAGAAGAUGAUGAUGAGGAUUAUAAGCCGAAAGAUGAUGAUUUUAGCUCUUCAAGCGAAUCGGGAGAAGCCAACGAUGAUGAAGAUUAUCAUGUUAAGCCAAAGCUGAAAAAGUCAACACCAAGCAAGAAAGUCUCAAAGCUUUCAGGCAACUCGGGUUUUGUUGUUGAUGAUGAUGCUUUAAUGAAGGCUAUUGCUCUUUCUUUACAAGAUUCACCGGGCUUUCUGGAUGUAGCGAGCAAAACCUCUCCUCAGCGCUCUGAUACAAAGGCAUCAAGGAUCAAAAAUACGGAAAGGAAGCAGAUUGUACACAAUGAUGAUUCUGGUAGACGAAAGAGAAAAAAUUUGUUCACAAGUCGAGUGCAAAUGACUGAAGAUGAGUUGAUACUACACUUCUUUCAGUUUGAUGAAACGGGCAAAGGGGGAAUUAAUUUAUGGGACUUGCGGAGAGUAGCAGCUUUACAUGAUUUUACAUGGAAUGAUGAGGAGAUGGAUCAUAUGAUCCGGUUAUUUGAUAGUGAUAUAGAUGGAAAGCUAAGCCUUGAGGAUUUCACUAAGAUUGUUGAACGUUGCAAUAUGAGACAAGGGUCUGCAAAUGCAGAAGAGGAUUCAUGAGUUAACGAGGUACAUACGUGUAGUAGUUGUAACUGGUGAGUUGAAUCAAGAUUACCUGUUUUAAACAUGCAUGUUGCAAUGAAGUUAUUAAGGCUCUGCUCAUGGUAUGAUGAAGGUUUGGUGGAUUGUUUUUGCCAGAGGCGGCUCAACCUAAUAGGGGGCCUAAAGCGAGCUUUUUUACGGGGCCUUUCAAAGGUGGCUGUUUCUUAUUUUCCUAAACUUUUUUUGUAAUUCUCGUUUGUACCAGAUUCUAUGUAUAAAUAUAAAAACAUGAGGCUUUUAAACUUUUGGGGCAUAAAGCCCUGGCUUUACUUGCCUUACGCUUGAGCUGCUACUGGUAUUUGCAAUUGAUAAAAGUGAAAAUGAGAUUGUUAUGGAA